AUGGCGGGAGGCAUCUGGGAGGCCUUCUUUUUCGAGGAAGAUAUUCGCGUCAUGGUGAGAGAGAGCGGCAUCUCGGCGACGAAGCCGAUAUUCCCUAGCUAUCUGCUUCCGAGCUUCAAAUUCAUUCUCCCAGGACGUCGCCGCCGCUCCGCAUCCUCAACGUCUUCGACAUCGUCGGAUCUAUCUCGCGGCCGUGACGAUGGCGCUUCAUCAACAGUAACCACACCAAAUGGUUCUCCUCCUGAUGGCGAUUCUGCAAUCACUACACUGGGGAAUAAAAUUACUGCUCGACGGCUCUCCCGGACGGCGGCAGAUACGCUGCGCUGUUCGAGCUGUGCUACAGACAUUGCGUUCACCUCGCAGAUCAUUUCCAAGGGCUUCACCGGUCGCUAUGGCCGCGCAUACUUAAUCUCUCCUCCUUCAGCAGACUCGAAGGAUCCGAAAGCGUCACCGGCCUCGCUGCUGAAUGUUCGCAUUGGCAAGAACGAGAACCGACAGCUUGUCACUGGGUGGCAUGUUGUGGCAGACAUUUGCUGUGGGAUAUGCUCUCGCAAACUUGGCUGGAAGUACGUGGACGCCAAAGAGGAAUCACAAAAGUACAAAGUGGGCAAGUUUAUCUUGGAGACGGAGCGGGUGGUGACACACCGUAGCUGGGAGGAUGUCCCCAUUUCCGAGAGCCUGGAGCUCAUGGAUGAAAUGGAGGAUGAAGAAUCAGGAGAAAAGAACGAUAGCGACAGCCAGGGACAAACUGAGGUUGAGUUUGAUUCCGAAGACGACGAGGAAUGCGAGGCUGUAUUCGCCGGUCUGUGGGAUGCUGAGACCGCUGCCAAACGCAGGAGCCGCUUGGGUGCGAGGCCGAGGCCAGCGCGGGACUCAUCAGAGUCGUAA